CUUAGCAAUUUUGAAUUCUGCGAUAAAUUUCAUCGAUCGUUCAAUGAUCAUGAAGCUUCGUAUUACAUCUGUCGUUAUUGUAAUUCAUACACUCAUUUCUGGUGCAAUAACAAAACGUGGGACUCCAGAAGAACGUCAGAAUUACGAUAUUUCAUAUGGUAAACCCACCAAUAGUAAUGUCGUAUUUUCAACACCCCAAGAAUGUGCCAGGGAUUGUACCACUAGUAAAUCACGACUUACCUGUUACUAUCACUUUACCCUUGAGUGCUACACGACAAUGAACAGAGCCUGUAAUCUAUGUAAACCAAGCAAUACAAAUCCGCUGGUUCACCCACCGCAGUGUCAGUGCAUAGAAGGAGAUGGUUACGAACGUAGUGUAUUGAGUAUUAAUAGAAUGUUACCUGGUCCAAGUAUACAGGUCUGCCAGUACGAUAGAGUAGUAGUGGACGUAGAAAAUAAAACACCUGCACUUGAGGCAACAAUACACUGGCAUGGUAUUUUUCAAGAAAAAACUCAGUACUAUGACGGCGUACCGUAUGUAACGCAGUGUCCUAUUCAUUCAGGAACUACAUUUAGAUAUCAAUUUAUGGCUGCAAAUGCUGGCACGUUCUUUUAUCAUUCCCAUUCUGCUCUGCACAAAAUAAAUGGCCAAUACGGCAGCCUUAUUAUAAGACAAUCUGCCAGAGCUGAUCCUCAAUAUAAACUAUACGACGAAGAUCUUCGAACUCAUGUGAUACUCGUAAGCGAUUAUUUCCAUGAAAUGGCAGAAGACAGAUAUCCUGGACGUAUCAUUAGAUCACCCGGUCAGAUACCUGACAAUCUUCUUAUCAAUGGAAAAGGUCGCUGGACGAAUCUAGACACUAAUCAGACGACUACGAGUCAACGGGAAAUUUUUCAAGUAAAACGUGGAAAUAGAUAUCGAUUUAGAAUUAUCAAUUCCUUUAGUACAAACUGUUUGGCUGAACUUACUGUGCAAAAUCAUACGUUAUUGUUAAUUGCUCAAGAUGGAGACCCAGUUGUACCAAAGCCUGUGAAUUCAAUAAUUAGCGGAUCCGGCGAACGUGUAGACGUUGUUUUAACUGCGAAUCAGACGGUUGGGUCAUAUUGGGUUCAAUUGACAGGAGUGGGUCCAUGUAAUCGUGCAGAAUUGAAUCAGCUCGCAAUUCUUCAAUAUAAUGGAGCAUCUAAUGUACCUGCAACUCCUGAACCAACGUAUCGUCCAGAGCAACCUGGAAUUAAAUAUAACCAAUUAAACUUUCUCUGUAACGAAACACGACCAGAAGCAAUAUGUGCUAAUCAGUUUCGACCAGUUAUAAAGGUUGAAUCAACAAUACUUAAAGUAAAACCAGAUUAUCGUUUUAUAUUACCAUUUGGCUUUUAUAAUUAUGAUGGCCAGGAAAAUGUUCUUUACCAGCCAGGAACUUAUCGUCAUUUCUUAAUACCAGCUAAUGGAAUACCCUUUGCUAGUCAUAUUAAUAAUAUCUCCAAUGUAUUCCCAUCGUAUCCACCAAUCUCUCAAGGGGUAAAAAAAUAUUGUAAUGGAAAUAAAUUACCUACAAAUUGCACCGUACCCUGUGAAUGCUCUCACAUAGUGGAUGUUAAACUGAAUUCACUGGUUGAAGUGAUAUUGUACGAUACAUUUGGAAAUGAACUCAUACAUCCAUUUCAUCUUCAUGGAUAUUCUUUUCACAUCUUUGACAUUGGAAACCUUAAUACUACUGGUAAAGACAAUCAAAUGAAAAAUGUGAUAGCGGAUCAUGACAGGAAAUUGAAGGGGCAGAAAUACAAACUUCUGCCACGUAAAGAUACAGUUUUGGUACCUAGUGGAGGCUACGUCAUAUUCCGUUUCAAUGCUACAAAUCCAGGAUGGUGGCUUUUCCACUGUCAUUUCAUUUAUCAUAUGGUGGUAGGAAUGGAGAUGGUUUUCCAUGUUGGAAACGAUGAUAAUGAUCUUCCACGUGUUCCAAAACAUUUCCCACGCUGUUAUAAUUUCAAGCCAGAACCUUUUUAAUUAUUCACUUUUACCAACUAACGAGGCAAUACCUAUAAACGAUUUGCAGAAAAAGAAGUUCAAAAAGUGAAAGUCCGCCAACUUGAUUUAUGGAGGUGAUGAGUAGGGAGAUUGUGAGUGGGCCGAU